ACCUCUGUGCCUCCGCCUCCUCCUCUCUGGCCGGAAUGCGGAGCGACGACCCCGCCCUAGUUUCUUUAAAUACCCCAUCAGCACGGUGAACCGUUACAUGGGAAAUAAACGGGGGUGUGCCAACAUUACAUUUUGUUUACAUCGUGAAUACUUUUAGUUGCAUCUGACUGAACAUGGAGCUGGACCGGCGGUUGUUGCUGGCGCACUGCACGGCUCACGCCGUGUCGAUCGUGGCGGGUUUGCUGGUGGUCGUCCCCAUGGCUCUCAAUGGCUCCGCGUUUAAAGGCCGCUGCGCACUCUUCUCAACCGGCUACUGGAGGACAGAGACCCGGCCCGAGCUGACGGGACAACAGGGAGAUGUUUCUCACCUGGUGGUACAGGAGUGGGGCCCACCUGCAGCCUGUCAGUUCGCCACAUUUGUGGGUAUUUUCACGGUGCUGUACGGCGCCGCGCAGGGCUGGAGGUGCCUCUUCUAUCUGCACGGACGACAUGACGACACCCUGUUCUCGUCCUUCCUGACGGUGUUGCUCAGUGUGUGUGUGCUCUUCCUGUCUGGAGGGGCCAGUAUGCUCCUGUCACUGGGUCUGGUCUCCUGGUGUGACACCGUGACAGAUAACAACACACGGCCGUACAGCUGUGCAGAGUCCCAGUCUGUUCCUCUCUACCUGGAUGUGGACACCUCCUCUUUCUACACAGAGCUUAGUCUGGCACAGGCAUCUCUGUGGUGUGUGACAGCUCUGUGGCUGGCUCAGUCCAUCCUGGCUUUCCUGCGUCUCUACCACUCCCACAGCCAGCACAUCAGCAGGCCGUGUCGUCCCCGAGAGAAGGAGCUGCUGCUGGGACACAGUCCAUCCGACAGCGGCUCGCCCUCACCUCCUCCAACCACACCCACCGUCUUAGUCUAACUCAGACUGUAUGAGGUGGUGAUAUAAGAUGAAACACUUAACUCCACUAUCUACAAUUUGUUUUUUGUGGACGUACAAGUAUGGUUUAUGGACAUGCUUUUAUUUUGAUAUAAUUCAUCAUGUUAUAUGAUAGAGCCUGAUCAAUAAAUCAGCCAAUAAGUAACAAGAGGUGUUAGGAAAUGAAUGCCAAAGAUAUUUUCAGGUCAUUUACAAAUUAUACAGUUUGUCCUCCAGAGAGCUCAUUCCUACUCUGUAAAAUCUGAAAUAAUUAUUUUAGAACCAAAGAAUCUGGUUAUUAUCAGCCGAUAUACAUUAUUCUAAAUCUCAAAUAUUGUUAUCCACUAUUGAUCGGGCUAUAUUAUAUAAUGAUAUGAUGUUUUAACAGGCUCAUCAUCACUUAAAUUACAUUACACUGCCUCAUUCAAGCACCCAUCACCCAUUAUCAGUGACUUAUCCCCAGUUUGUGUAUUUACUUGGUCACAGAACUGAGCGUCUGUUUUUCUAAAUGAAAAAUAGCAGCUGAUAUUAAAAAAGGGAGUGUUGGUAAAUGUAAAGGUAUUUAAACGCUGUGAGCUGUGUUUUCAUGAAAACAGAGCUUAUCUCUGUGGCAACAGUGUGAACUAACUGGGACUAAUCUCAGCUCUGUCUUGGGUCAAAAGAGAUUUUACAGAAGAUAUCAGAAUAGUUGAAGCAGAUGUAUUCAUUAACCACAGUGUUAUUUUGAAGCUAUCGCCUAUCCGUGUGAUUUGAUCACAAGCGGACAGAUGGUGUUUUUUUCUCAUUUAAAUAUAUUUAAUAUGCAUGGUUGUUUACAUUUCAGCUGGGGGUCUGACAUUUUGCACAGUUGUGUCCUCAUCAGGGAGAAUACGUUUUUGUUGACUGUUUCUGAGUCUAAUAUUCAGAUGUAGCGCUAUGCUGCUUUUAUUGUUAAGCAUGUGGUAAGAGUGUGACUGAGCCACCAUGUACGAGAUAUAGGCUCACUGUGUGAGCAUGACCUGAUUGUUCUGUUGUGUAACGGAAAAAAAUAAUCACUGCUGACCUUCUCUCUUCUUGUGACGAUUUUUGCCAUGAUACUGUUUGUGUUGACGCGGCCUCUCGGGGUGUUAAUGAAGCAGUCGAAUCCUCUCAAAUGGUACUUGUAGAAAAGCUUUAAGGAUCUGUGAUAGUUUUCAUAUUGAGAGAGAUUUGUGUGGAGCCCAAAAGUGUCAGUGAACAGGACAUAAGUUACUAACUUUACUGAAAGUUUUUUUUUCUAAACUUCUCUCCUGUUAUCACUGACCAAGAGGCUGUAAUGACACACAGACAGUAGAGCAAGAAAUCUGAAGUAAAGAGAGAUGAGACAGUGACAUGUCACUUGAAAUGAAUUUUAAUAUAUGACAUGUCUUUUGUAUUCUAACUGACAAUAGUCUUGCUUUUUACCUGUUAUAACUGUUGCUCCUCAUCCAUAUUCAUGUUUUUUGCAUGUGUCU